AAUGGUAUAGAAUUUAGAGACGGAGGUGGGCAAAUGGUAUAGGGGAGGAAAUGAAUGAGUGAGUGAGUGAGUGAGCUAGAGUGAGAGAGAAUAUAAAAGAUGGAAGUGGGAGGGUAUUAUUCAUUCAGCAUAUGCCAUUUACUUUGACUUGGACACUCACCAAAAAGUAAACGAGAGAGAGAGAGAGAGAGAGAGAGAGAGAGAAUUUUGAGGGGUUCAAAAGAGUUUUAAAACUGUGUAUGUGUGUGUCUGGUGUCUGUGUGUGUGUGAGCAUAUACCGGCAAGGCUGUGAGAUGGAGAGAAACGGGGAAGUGCAGGAACAGAUGGAAAGACCAGAGGCACUCACAGAUGGUGAAAGAGCUACCAUUCAAAACACCUGGGCAAAAGUGUAUGAGAACAAAGAAGCUGCAGGAGUCGCAGUGCUUAUGAGGCUCUUUACAAGCUUCCCCUCAGCAAAGCAGUUCUUCAGCCAGUUCCGGCACAUAGAUGAUCCUGAAGAGAUGCAGGCAAGCACCCAGCUCAGGAAACAUGCUCUGAGGGUGAUGAGUGCCCUCAACACAUUGGUGGAGAAUGUCCAUGAUGGAGAAAAAACAGCAGAAGUGCUCAAAGUGGUGGCCAAAUCACACGCAGUGAAACACAACGUGGAGCCAGGGUACUUCAAAAUCCUGGCUGGAGUUAUUCUAGAAGUGCUGGUGGAGGCCUUCCCAGAGACCUUUGGUACAGAGGCCCAGGGGGCGUGGUCUAAACUGAUGGCAGUGGUCUAUUGGCACGUUACACAGGUCUAUGCUGAGAUUGGUUGGGGCUCCAUCAACAACACUGCAGAAUGAGACAGAGAGAGAGAGAGAGAGAGAGAGAGAGAGAGAGAGAGAGAGAUCUCCUUCACCUGCUUCGUUUGGCUGGGACUACAAAAUAUCUGCAAGACUGCAUAGAACAUGUCUAACAUACAUUAGAACAGAAAGGCCUCAGGCCAGUUUUUUAUCAUUCAUCUGACUCUCCGUGGGAACUGAGUCUGCAAAGGUGCAAUAACACUGUUUUUCUGGGUAAUCAUUUACAUUCACCAAAGAAUAUACACAUGGACUGUGUAUGUGUGUGUGUGUGUGUGUGUGUGUGUGUGUGUGUGAGAGAGAGUAAGAGAGAGAGAGGAGAAAGAGAGAGAGAGAGAGAGAGAAAGAGAAAAAGGCAGGGAGAAAGCAAAAAUACACCAUUGCUCAAAAGUCUGGAAUCACUUGUCAUUUUACUACUUUUAAACAAUAAUAACUCAAACAAGGUAUAUUAAAAUAAGCUAGACAAUAAACAGCAUUUUUAGACAUUUUAUUGAAUAUUUCAAUUAUUCUGGGAAACAGAGUGUUUUACUAUACUAUUUAUUUUUGUAUAAUUAACCUUUUUUUAUCAAUUUACCUGCCUGAAGAUUUGGAACAGGAGGCAUUUUGGAUAUUCACUUUAUUAUGCAGUCAUAUGCAAAAGCUUGUGCACCCCUGGCCAAAUGACAUUUUAUUGAUAUCUGAUUGAUCCGGUCGGGGAAGAUGGAAGGGGUAUCCUACUACCCAGUUAGCAGAUUUAAAUUUAAAAUCAAUAGUUAAUAGUAUAUAUAUAUAUAUAUAUCAAGUGCAAUUUAGUUUCAUGUAGGUUUCAAGCAACUAAACUUGCAUGCAAGUUUCACAGUGUAAAGCCAGCCUUAAAAUUAUGUCAUACAGUUAUCUGCCACCAGAUAAUAAUAAUAUUAAUAAUAUUCCAAACUUUUAACUGAUUCCAAACUUUUAAACAUACAUGUAUAUAAGGAAUAGCUUAGCUUUAUGUAAAUGGCAUAUACAAUAACAACCUUUCUGGUACUGACAAUGACAUACUGAAUCUUACAGUAUAGUAAUCAUAGUAAAUGCAUUUCCACAUUUCUGCUUUUGCUAAACAUUGCAGAGGAUAAUGUUGUGUAAUAAAAAUCCCAUAAAAAUAACUGUCCAAAAUGUUAUUUCACCCCACUAUGAGAAACUUGCACUUUUACCUUGGUCUUAUUCAUCAUAUCCACAGUAAACUAAACUAUGUAAACAUUUUUGUUGUAUCUAUGUACUGUAUACAUGAAAAGAUGUCAAUGAUGAAAAUGUUGUUCCCACAAUACCAAAGUGCCGAGCUUUUCUUUUUUUGAUUUAUACAAAUGUCUAAGUAUUACUUGUUAACUCAUAAGAUAAUUAUUAUGAUUACUUUAAUUUAGUCCAAUAAUGUCCUACAAUAUCCUACAGUGUCAUAUAACAUUUGAUUUAGUCCAAUUAUUCCUAUUAUAAGGUUUAAAUCUCUGUUUUUAAUUAAAUAAGAUUAUUUUACAUUGUGGACUAGUGAUGACAGUGUGUGGCAGUGGUCACAUCAUGGAAGUGAUAUUUAAAGGAAUUGCUGUAUAAGGUUAAAGCAAACUUAUUGCAAUUAUAUAUCAGUGCUAUAAAUUGAGAUGCAUAAUCAGUUAUUGUAUAAACACUUUGUUGUAAGCUGAAUAAAUGCCAUUCCAUUCAUAUUUGGCUGUCUCAAAUAAAGCCUGAACUGUCAACAUGG